GUCCUCCUCCGGGCGCCCCUCCCGGGGCCACGCCCCUCACACAUUGAAUGGGCACCGGCCCGGCCCGGCGGGCGCAUUGCCGCGGCCCCGGCCAUGGGCAGCUUCCAGCUGGAAGACUUCGCGGCGGGCUGGAUCGGAGGUGCAGCCAGUGUCAUUGUGGGCUACCCUCUGGACACGGUCAAGACUCGCCUGCAGGCCGGCGUGGGCUAUGGGAACACCUUCAGCUGCAUCCGCAUGGUGUACAAGAAGGAGAGCGUGUUCGGCUUCUUCAAGGGCAUGUCCUUCCCCCUGGCCAGCAUCGCCGUGUACAACUCGGUGGUGUUCGGGGUCUUCAGUAACACGCAGAGGUUCCUCAGCCAGCACCACAGCAGGGAGCCAGAGGCCGGCCCUCCCCGCAACCUGUCAGACCUGAUCCUGGCCAGCAUGGUGGCCGGCGUGGUGUCUGUCGGACUGGGCACACCCGUGGACCUCAUCAAGAUCCGCUUGCAGAUGCAAACACAGCCGUUUCGGGAAACCAGCCUCAGUUUGAAGCCCAGGGCAGUGGCUCUCGGGGAGCAGCCAGCCUACCAGGGUCCCGUGCACUGCAUUGCAACCAUCGUGCGGACUGAGGGCCUGGCGGGGCUAUACCGGGGUGCCAGUGCCAUGAUGCUGAGGGAUGUCCCAGGCUAUUGCCUCUACUUUAUCCCCUAUGUGUUCCUGACCGACUGGAUCACACCUGAGGCCUGUGCAGACCCCAGCCCCUAUGCUGUGUGGCUGGCAGGUGGCGUGGCAGGAGCAAUUUCUUGGGGGACAGCGACUCCUAUGGAUGUUGUGAAAAGUCGACUCCAGGCUGAUGGGGUUUAUUUAAGCAAAUACAAAGGUGCCCUGGACUGUAUCUCCCAGAGUUACCAGAAGGAAGGUCUUAAAGUGUUUUUCAGAGGCAUCACGGUGAACGCUGUGCGGGGCUUCCCCAUGAGCGCAGCCAUGUUCCUGGGGUACGAGCUCUCGCUGCGGGCCUUCAGAGGGGACUACCCGGUGACCAGCCCCUGAGCUCCAGGGCCAGGGCUGGUGUCAUGGACCAGGGCCUCAUUCCCUGCAGGGCGAGGCCUCUCCAGAACCUGCUAACCUCCAAACCAAGCCCCUUCCUUCCGAUUGCAAGCACUCUGCUCCUCCCCUCCGAGCCGGACCAUUGAUAGAUCGC